AAGAAAAGCCAGCCUUGGUAAAAGACUGUGCUGCUUCAGAAACCAAACCAGAGGACAACGGAAAGCUGAAAAGAAAACUCAGCAAAUAUCAGAGCAGGGAAAUUCCAGAGAAAAGUUCUGAAAAACUGAUUGGACUUCAGUAUGUCCGUGUCUCAGAGAUGUUUGUGCUGCGUCAAAUAUUUGAUGUUUGUCUUCAACCUCAUCUUCUGGCUAGGAGGAUGUGGCCUGUUUGGAGUCGGAGUCUGGCUGUCCUUCACCCAGGCGGAGUUUUCCUCUCUUCCCUUGUCCUUCCCGUCUUUGUCGGCAGCCAAUCUGCUGCUGGUGGCUGGUGGCAUUACCAUGGUCACGGGUUUCCUGGGCUGUCUCGGAGCAUUGAAGGAGCAACGCUGCCUGCUAUUCAUGUUCUUCGUGAUCCUGCUGCUCCUGGUUCUGACUGAGGUGACGUUAGUCGUGGUUAUACACAUCUUCCAUGACAAGCUGGACUCCAAAGCCCAGGAUGACUUGAGAGAAGGAAUGAAGGUUUAUAAAUCAGAACCUGGACUGAAGAAAUCCUGGGACAACGUCCAGAAAAUGUUCAAAUGCUGUGGAGUGACUAACAAGACAGACUGGUAUGAUGUUCUGAAUGGAACGCUGCCCUCAUCCUGCUGCUCUGUGGGGAUGGACCAGUGCCUGGACGGGUGGAGUGAGCCCUGCUACCAAAAGGCCAGGCAGUGGCUGCUCACCAACAUCCCCUCAGUCCUGGUGUUUGGAGCCUGUAUCGGUGUGGUGCAGAUCUUGGCCCUGGUCUUCUCCAUGCUGAUGUACUGUCAGAUCCAUUGUGCAGAGAAGCGAUUGGACUGACGGUUGUUUACUGAGCUGUACUGGUCUGAUCUCACUCCCUGAUUGAAGCAUCUGAACUCCAGCCACGUCUGGGUCUCACGCCGACACGGUCGGAGACACAGCAGACGACGUCCACAUUUCACCUGUGACCUUAACAACACCUAAAAGUGCAGCAUUGACAUUUCAUGACUUCUGGAACAUUCAUCAGCCUCGAGCCAAAACAUAUUCAGUUCACUUCCUCUAUAACAUAACCUGAUGGGAACAAAAUUUCGUUUAAAAAAAAAAAAAAAAAAAAAUUCAAAGACAGAAGAGACUUGUUCUGCUUUUUUUUUUUUCUUACUGCACCUUCAACUGUUUUAUAUUUACACCAACAUCAGAACAAAUGGAAUUAAAUCAUCGAUUUACUAUUAUUUGAUUUUCCUGAUGACAAGGUCUGCGUAAUAACUUUGAUAAUGGCACUAAGUUGAUACCCGUUUCCUGUUGGCUAGAACUACGUAAGAUUUAUGGAAGGUGAACUUUUUUUAUUUCUAUUGUCAGAAAUUGAAAUUAUAUAUAUAAUAAUACAUUUUACUGAUGCUUUUAUGGGUGUACGCUCACCUGACAGAAUGAAUUGUUGUCAUUUCUCCUGUAUAAACAUGAUCUUAUUUACUGUACAUCAGUGACUCAUCUCUACAGGCGCUGGUCAUGUUGGAUUGUAUGAAGCGACGGCUGGAACACAACUGAAAAUAUUCUGCCUAAACAUUAAAUCCAGCCCACAGGUUUUUUGUGUUUCAAACCCCAGUUUAAUCUAAUGAUGAAUUGUUUUAUACAACACUCAAACAUGGA